CGUAGCUGAACAACCCUCCGUCUUCUUCUUCUUCUUCUUUUUCUUCUUCCGUCUCAUACUCUUCUUCUCCUCCUUCCUUAUCCUCUGUCUCUGUUUUCUCUUGAUUGACUGUACCCACCAAAACCCUUCUGUCAAAAUUCUUUGCUUUUUAUGGUUUUCAAGACAUGAGCGGACCUUCAUCACUGCCGGGUCCCUCUCGGCCUGCUAAAGGAACUAGCUUUCUUACCAAGAUCAAGGAGGUUGCAUGCCUCAAUUCAUCAUCAUCUAAUAAUGGGAAAGGGGGAAAAGGGAGGAGUAAGUCUUCCAGUAACACGGUAUCUCAUGGGUUUCACUUAGUAGAAGGUCAGUCAGGUCAUGAUAUGGAAGAUUACCAUGUUGCUGAAUACACAAAAAGGGGGGACCAUGUUCUUGGAUUGUUUGCAAUAUUUGAUGGUCACUUGGGGAAUCGAGUGCCCAGUUAUUUGAAAGACAAUCUUUUUAACAAUAUUCUUGAAGAGCCAAACUUCUGGAAAAACCCUGAGACAGCAAUAAGGAAUGCAUACCGAUCCACGGAUAAGUUUAUCUUAGAGAACUCCAUGCAAUUGGGGCAUGGUGGUUCUACAGCAGUAACAGCAAUUGUCAUUGAUGGCAAGGAUUUAUGGGUGGCAAAUGUUGGUGAUUCCAGAGCAGUCAUAUGUGAGAGAGGUAGUGCCAAUCAAAUUACGGUGGACCACGAGCCACAUACCGAACGGAGAAGAAUAGAGAGGCAGGGCGGCUUUGUGACUACUCUUCCCGGAGAUGUGCCAAGGGUUAAUGGCCAACUUGCAGUUGCACGGGCUUUCGGGGAUCAGAGCCUUAAAGCACAUUUAAGCUCAGAGCCUGAUGUUAGACGUGUCCCAAUAGACUCAACUAUUGAGUUUGUAAUAUUAGCCAGUGAUGGAUUAUGGAAGGUUAUGUCGAACAAGGAGGCAGUUGAUUUGGUGAAGGGCAUAAAGGAUCCUCAAGCAGCAGCUAAGCGCUUAACGAUGGAAGCAUUGGCGAGAAAGAGUAAAGACGACAUAUCAUGCAUUGUCAUCCGUUUCGGUUGAUGCUACCAAAGCCAUUGGUUGCUUUCAUUUGGUUGGUUUGAUUUUGAAUGUGUAAAUAGGAGAACUCGUACUCUCAGAGAGCCUUUCAUAUGCAAUAACUCUGUUUGUAGAGAUGGUCAAGAGAGAGCAGUGUGAUGCAUUUUUUUGGUCAUGUCCAUACACAGGUCUGAAUGAGGAAUAGUUGUUUGGAUUUAGUUGCUAGGGUGAUUGAUUUGAUACUAGAUAUAAAUAAGAUAUAUGAUAUGGAUACUUGCAUAUUUUGCGUGUCAUAUUCUCCAUCUCCACCAUCUUCUCUCUUCCCCCAAAUCUUCAAAGGAAGUUAAAGUUUCUGACUGAUACACCAGCAACCAUUAUCACUGUCAACUGCUGGUUUGCAAUAUAGAUGGCAAAAUAAUGACUAUAGGAGACCUAAAUCAAUUGAACACCAUUUAUUGCCAUAUAUCGUCCAAUUUAAUGCUGAUCAAUUAUACGUGGAAACUGUUAGUACUAUGAUGUCCCACACUGACACAGAUAUUACUUCCAUGCCAACUAAAAUUCAUGUCAUUUAUGAGACUCUGCCUGCUUUGCUUUGGAGUGGGGGGAUUUUGUUAAAAAUCCCAGAGUUACAGAUCUCAUAUAUACACCAAGCGCGCAAUAUAAGCAAUUAAUGUUG